AUGCAGUCUGCCGGCGGAUCCUCUUCCAGCCAGGGACUAGCGGCGCUCUCCGCCGGCCUCGCGGUACGCCUCGCGGACGAGCACGCAAACAGCAACCUGGUCUUCUCGCCACUGUCCAUCUACACCGCUCUCGCUCUCGUGGCGGCCGGUGCCCGCGGCGACACCCUGGACGAGAUCCUCCGCGUCCUCGGCGCGCAGACCCGCCAAGAGCUCGACAAAUUCGUCGCCCGCGCCGCGGGUGAAGCGCUGCGAGACAGGUCCGGCUCCGGCGGUCCGCUCGUCGCGUUCGCGUGCGGCGUGUGGAGCGACCUGUCGUGCCCGCUCAAGCCCGGCUUCCGCGAGACCGUGGUCGACGGCGCGUACAAGGCGGAGGCGUCCACCGUCGACUUUCGCGGCGACCCCAAUGGAGCAGUCGGGUUGAUCAACGCGUGGACGGAGCGCGUCACGAACGGCCUGAUCGACUCCGUGCUAGGCCCGGGUUCGGUGACGCCGCUCACCCGCGUCAUACUCGGCAACGCCGUGUACUUCAAGGGCAAGUGGGUCGAGCCCUUCGACAAGAAGAAGACACAGAACGCUCUGUUCCGCCGUCAGGGCGGCGCCGGCGCCGUCGACGUGCCCUUCAUGCGCAGCCGGGAGUCUCAGUACAUCGCCGUACACGACCGAUUCAAGGUGCUCAAGCUCCGGUACAAGAUGGCGGACGACCCCUCCAAUGACAACACUAGCAGCUUCCGCACACAGUUCUCCAUGUGCAUCUUCCUCCCGGACGCCGACGACGGCCUACCAAGCCUUCUCGACGCAAUAGCAUCUCGGCCAGGUUUCCUGCACGAGCACCUGCCUCGCGAGGAGGUCGUAGUCGGCAACUUCCAGGUGCCUAGGUUCAAGCUAUCCUUCCACACCAGCGUCGCUGCCAUCCUCGGCAAGCUGGGCCUCCGCCUGCCGUUCCACGAAACGGCCGACCUCUCUGGCAUGACGGAGGACGACGGCUCCGCCGGCCUCCCCACAGUCCUCAGCGACGUCCUCCACAAGGCACUCAUCGAGGUUAACGAGGAAGGCACCGAGGCAGCAGCCGUCACCGAAGUUUUCUAUAACGUUGGGUCCGCAGCCAUGUCUUGGCCGCCGCCCCCUCCGGUUGAUUUCGUCGCUGACCAUCCGUUCGCCUACUUCAUUGUGGAGGAGGAGACGGGCGCCGUCGUCUUUGCCGGCCACGUCCUCGACCCCUCCAGAGAGUAG